AUGGGUUUCGUUUCCAAAAUAGUGCCACUUGUAGUGACACUGCUACUUGCACCACGCACCGCUACCUCUACGCCUACAGCCGAGCCUGCAACUUCACUCGUCAAUGACACUCUAGCAGUGAACACUACUGCCAUUGGGCUUAACGCAACGGCGUUCGCCAAUCUCCUAAAUAUUACGACGUUGUACAACAUUACGACUCCGGAAGAUGCAUUUGCGCAAUACCCCGAAGGAGCUUCUCUGUUUGAUGCACUGGCUGCUUUUGAAAAAGAGACAAACCUCGUAGGCAGUGCAACAUCAGAGCAUGUUUCGGCAUAUUAUGUGCAUAAAGCCGCCAUGGCUGGCAUCGAAUGCCAUAAUGAAACAUACCAAAUGUUGAGUCAUGGACGCUUCCUCAGGGCCAAUUACACGCAGGCUUUGAAGUAUGGCCAUGUUUACGGAAAUAUCACUGCAAAGAGUGGCUCGUGUGUGACUAAAGGCAUGACAAGAUUGAAUACCAGUAACCAAAAGCGAUUUUUUGGUGCUCUUUUCGCCAAUGCGGCUCUUUGGUUUUCAGGAAUCUCAUUCGCUGGCCAACUCUUCAAUGCGGCAUGCCAAAUCACCAAUCAGUUUAACCAACACUCUGUCGGACGGCCUGUGUGUCUUGGAGCCAGCAUCUUAACAGCAAUGGGCGGUGGAUCGAAUCUUUGGCAAACUUGGAACACUCCCCAAACGGCUGUUACGCAAACACCUUCGUUUACGUUGUGUGACAGUGAAUCUCGAUGCUGA